AUGGACAAUCAAUAUUACUACAAGCUGAUGGCGAGUUAUCUAUCUAAACGAAACUGCGACGAGUCAUUUAUGAGGUAUUUCUUCGGUAAGAAUGCAACAAAGAAGACCCCUGAAGAGUUGGAACGGGCUGAUGAAAGAAAAAGACGUUUGCAGAGGGAGAGAUCGAGACGGUAUCGCGCCUUGAAAAAUGCCCGGCGACAAAACGAAAACAGUCGAGACAGUAAUGAAAAUGAAUCUGCCAGGAGCAAGUCACGAACUCUUUCCGUGGACGAAGAGGUGAGCGAUUGCGAUGAGUCACCAACAUUGUGCGACCUGCGUGAGUUACACUAUGGUGAAGCAUGGCGAGAGCCAGCUUCCUCUGAUUGUGCUUCAGAUGAUAAUUCUGCGCAUUCCGUGCUCGAUCACACGCCUCCAGCCAACCUCUCACUUGACUUAAAAGAGUUUCUCAGUUCUAACACUGAGUUAGACUAUCCUACUGUUCACAGCCUUAUGUUUCACUGGCUUCAGACGUAG